AAAGGCGGAUCUGCGGGCACGAUUACGUGAAGCAAUGGAAGCGGAUGGAAUUAAUGUGGACAAGUUCGAAUUUGAUGGGCCACAAACUUCUACAAAGGUAGAAGAAAAAGUAGAAGAACAACGAACAUCAUCAAGCGUAGACACGAACAUGCUGUUAGUGGCUAUUAAGCAAAUAGCAGAAAAUGCAGUGCAAACAGAAAAUCGCCUGGCACAGCAAAUAGCUGAAAAUACAUUACAAUUACAGUUAAAGUCUUGCCUUACACAACAAAUGACUGAAAAUAAUACGCAGUUAGAAAAGCGUUUGGUACAACAGAUUACAGAAAAUAAUACACAAGUGCAAGAGAAAUUUUCAAAAUUUGAAGACGAAUUAAGCACAAUAAAAAAUGACGAAGAAAAUUUAAGAUCAGAUUUUCUUCAACUGAGUAAUCGUAUGCGAGAACUGCAACUGCAUGGCCCUGCACCAUCAACAAAUAAUCAAAGAUUGAAGGCACCCACAUUCGAUGGAAGUAUUCCAUUUCAAAUUUUCAAACUUCAGUUUGAAAAGACAGCAAUGGCCAAUAACUGGAAUGCAGCGGACAAAGUGGCGUCCUUGUUUGUAUCAUUGAAAGUACCUGCGGCAGAAAUCCUUCAAACUAUUCCAGACUGUGAACGGGACAACUAUAACGCAUUGAUGAGUGCGAUAGAAAGACGAUAUGGUAGUGAGCACCGGAAACAAAUAUACCAGAUCGAACUGCAAAAUAGGGGUCAGAAAAUGAACGAGUCAUUGCAAGAGUUCGCAACUGAAAUAGAACGACUGGCUCAUUUGGCAAAUGCAGAUGCACCUGUGGAUUACAUUGAGAGGGUGAAAAUUCAAAGUUUCAUAAAUGGAAUUCGUGAUGUGGACACCAAACGCGCCACAUAUGCAUUGCCAAAAAGAACGUUUGCUGAAACGGUUUCGCACGCCCUCGCACAGGAAACAGCUUCGCUACUAAGUAAACCAGCACACAAAGUACAAAGAGUUGAAAUGGAACAACCGGCGCUGAUGGAAGAAAUAUUGAAGACUCUGAAGACAAUUGCUGCACCGCGAGUAAAUACAACAGGCAGAUGUUUCAACUGUGGAAAAGCGGGUCACUUUGCCCGAAAUUGCAAUAUAAAAGUAAACCCAUCAAAACGGAAACAACCAACAGAUAACGAGGACGGAGCAUCCACAUCUCACAAGUCGUUAAACUAAAACGGAACAGUUCAAAGGGGCGUGAGCUGGUUCCCACAACUAUUUGCCCCGCCAUCUCGAUAUCACAAAUAGGUCGCCAUGACAACAAUCUUACUAUCAACAGUAUCGUAAAUGGACGACUGUCAACGCUUACUUUGGAUACUGGUGCCACACAUUCAAUUAUCCGACCGUGGCUAGAUGAGUUAGCUCUCCCCUUUAUACAUCCGACACUGAACAACCACACGACAACACACCACACUAACGCGAUCCAUAAAUGAAGACACCACACAUGCAGACAUUCCACAUGAAGACACCACACACUACUACACAUGAAUAUAUAUCACCCAUACGAACAUCACACCACAACUCUACACUGCCCAACAAUCAAAACCGACCGUUCGAGAGGACGACCUUCCCUUCUUUUCGUCGAUCUCGAACCGAACGAACGUGUAUCACGCAGCGACAGCUAGUCCUUUUAUACCUCGAUCCAUUUUUUAUUUAUGAUUAUAUCGAUUAUAUAUAUAUUGUCUACAAAGUGCAGUGGCAGUGAAACCAAAGGAAAAUAAAACUCAAAAAAAAAAACCCAAAAGAAAAAAACGCCAACCAAACUGUGUUUGUUACUACAUUUACUUCCUAGUUAAUUUGUGCGGAAUUACCUAGCGCCGAGAUUACCAUGGAUGUGGAUAUGCCAACUGUGCCAACGCCAACGGUAAGGUCAACCAUAACCGUGCCACGCCCUGUGGCAACUCCAGCGUCUCGAGCUCCAGCGGCAACCGCCACUGCUACCGCUCCUCGUAGUGGCACGCGACCACUACCACCGUCCUCAACACCCGUAGCAGAACAUCAGCGCAGCCGAUGUCCCCUAUGUCGGCGCCCACACCGGCUGCAACACUGCAGCAUUUUCCGCAGCAUGCAGCCCAUGCAACGGCAGAAGGUUGCUCAAGCUCACGGGCACUGCCUGAACUGCUUGGCAACGGUACACACCACACAGGAGUGCACAUCAGUGACCCUAUGCCAACUGUGCAAUAGGCCGCACCACACCAUGCUGCAUCGAACCCCAAAACGGCCUGUAGCGCGACAGCUUGCCACGAACCGGCCACCGCAGCCCAGUCGGCACCGAAGGCUAGUUGCUCCUCCAUCGUCCAGAGCAAGGCGAAAUGAAGCAUCCCCGCGGCGCCGGCCACAUCGUACAUCAAACCGUCGCUCCACUGGUCUUAGCAGCGUUGUUGCCACGCUGCAACAAUUACAGCGACUGCUAGGCUAAUAUUCGCCUAGGGGGGCCGGGAUGGCUAGAUGAGUUAGCUCUCCCCUUUAUACAUCCGACACUGAACAACCACACGACAACACACCACACUAACGCGAUCCAUAAAUGAAGACACCACACAUGCAGACAUUCCACAUGAAGACACCACACACUACUACACAUGAAUAUAUAUCACCCAUACGAACAUCACACCACAACUCUACACUGCCCAACAAUCAAAACCGACCGUUCGAGAGGACGACCUUCCCUUCUUUUCGUCGAUCUCGAACCGAACGAACGUGUAUCACGCAGCGACAGCUAGUCCUUUUAUACCUCGAUCCAUUUUUUAUUUAUGAUUAUAUCGAUUAUAUAUAUAUUGUCUACAAAGUGCAGUGGCAGUGAAACCAAAGGAAAAUAAAACUCAAAAAAAAAAACCCAAAAGAAAAAAACGCCAACCAAACUGUGUUUGUUACUACAUUUACUUCCUAGUUAAUUUGUGCGGAAUUACCUAGCGCCGAGGUAAGUGGUUAAAUAGACCGGAUGUGGUAAGAGGAA